AUGCGGUUCCUUGAUGGAUCGGUGGCAGGGUCUAUUUUGGAAAGAGGGGAUUAUGGUUGUGGCUUCUACCGCACUGAUGAAGGUCACCUCUUUACCAUUUUCUACCUCAUGGGCAACCGGGGUCGCGGCACUGCUGCCUAUCCUGUUGGUUGUUACUCACAGGUGGUUUGGUCUGCAAAUAGGAACAACCCCGUUGAGUACAAUGCCAAGUUGGAGCUAAAGUCAGAUGGAGAUUUGGUACGAAAAAAUGCCAAUGGGACCAUUGCUUGGUCCACCAAUACUUCUGGCAAGUCUGUCGUAAGUAUGAACCUGGACGAAUUUGGCAAUCUCAUGCUGAACGAUAAAAACGAUGCAGUGGUCUGGGAAUCAGUGAGUCACCCAACGGAUGUACUGGUGCCAGGGCAGAAACUAAUGGUGGGACAAAAACUGACUCCUGGUUCUUCUUCAACAAAUUUCACAGAGCAUGCUCUCGUGGAGACGAACCCUCCCCUGGCCUAUUACAGCACGAACUUUAGUAAUUUAAGCCUUGAUAGUUCUAGUUAUGUUGAAUUUCGGAGUGGAAGCUUGGCGCUGGUCUCUUUUUCUAAUAAUCUAAAUCUCCCGGUAUUCUCAUUCCGGGCAUCAACAUCUCAACCGUUCGUCAGGUUGAGCUCUGACGGGCAUUUGAAAGUGUAUGAGUGGCGUGAGAAUCAGUGGCAAGAAAUUGCCGAUAUCUUGACUAGGGAAAUAGGCGACUAUGGGUAUCCUUUGCUUUGUGGGGAAUAUGGAAUCUGCUCAAACGGGCAGUGCACUUGCCCUGCAUCAAGGAAUCCCAGUGGGACCCCAUAUUUCAAACAGCUAGAUGACAGGAACCGGAGUUUCGGGUGUCCGCUGACUACUCCCUUGUCUUGUGAUGAUCCACAGAAUCACAGCUUUGUAAAGCUCGAGAAGUUCACCUACUUCACUGUCAGCAAGCAGGAUGAGCUGCUCGUGCAAGGGUGCCUUCUACUCACCUUCUAG